AUGGCUACCAGCAACAUUGUUUGUGCUUUUGUUCUUUCCUCUUUGUUCCAUUUUGUUCUUGUUCCUGUAUUUAGCCAUGAUGUAGAUGUUCUUCAAAAAUGCGGGUUUAAAGCAAUUUAUCAACUUGGGGAUUCUUUAGCUGACACUGGCAAUUUGAUUACAGAAAAUCCUCUUUCUCGAUAUGCUUGGUUUCCUUAUGGUAUGAAUCUCUCGAAGCCAACCGGUAGAUGCUCCAAUGGGUUAUUGAUGAUUGAUUACAUUGCACGCUCGGCUAAACUUCCCUAUCUUGAUGCCUACUUGAAUCCGGUAAGAAUUUUUUUCGGUGGCUGCAGCGGAGUGAAUUUUGCGGUUGCUGGUUCAACUGCCUUGCCUGCAGAAGUUUUAUUAUCAAAGAAUAUAAUGAACGUGGUGACAAAGGAAUCUCUUAGCACACAACUUGAGUGGAUGUUCACCUAUUUUAACACAACAUGUUCUAAAGAUUGUGCUAAAGAAAUUAAAUCAUCUCUCUUCAUGGUUGGGGAGAUUGGAGGCAAUGACUAUAACUAUGCUUUCAUGUUUAACAAGACCACUGAAGAAAUGAAAGCGUUGGUUCCUGAAGUUGUCAAAGCUAUAAAGGAUGCUGUUGAGAAAGUCAUUGGUUACGGUGCUAGACGAGUGGUUGUCCCCGGAAACUUCCCGAUAGGAUGCUUCCCGGUUUAUCUUAGCCAAUUCCAGCCCAAUGAUGCUGCUGCUUACGAUGAGUUCCACUGCCUCAAGGGGUUAAACUCUUUCGCAAGUUAUCACAACGAGCUUCUCAAGCAAACCGUUGAAGGAUUGAAAAGAAAUUACCCUGAUGUGAUCAUAGUUUACGGCGACUAUUACAAAGCAUUCAUGUCGAUCUAUCAGAAUGCUCAGUCUCUUGGUUUUGAUACGAAGACGAUGCAAAAAGCUUGUUGUGGGACUGGUGGUGAUCAUAAUUUUAGCCUGAUGAGAAUGUGUGGAGCUCUUGGCGUUCCAGUUUGUCCAAACCCUGAUCAGCACAUCAGCUGGGAUGGAAUUCAUUUGACACAAAAGGCUUAUCAACACAUAGCAGAAUGGCUUAUCAACGAUAUCUUUCCAAAGCUUCAAUGCAGUGCUUGA